CGUAUGCUGCAUCAGUCUUCAUUUAUGCCCAGUGGUAUCCCCUCAUUUUUGCUUUCUGAUUUCCUCACUUGACGAUUAUUAUUUUUCAAUGUCAAAUUUUUGGGCAGGACCCGCGUUUAACUUCAGAGCUGGUUCUACUUUUUGCUAUUCUUUAAGAUGAGACUUGAUUUCUGGCGCAGGCAAGUUGGCGAUGGUGAUGAAGGCUUGGAGAGACGAGAUGGGGGCGAGACUCACUUGCCGAGAGCAGCCCUUUUGGGUGGACUUUUAGGAGGAGGGAGCGCUACUACGGCAUCGGCUGAUGGAGGACUGCUGGGUGGAGUUCUAGGAGAUGGUAGUAAUCAGGCUCCUGCUACCUCAAGUCCAGACAACACUGCUUCAUCUACCGGUGGUUCCGGAGCAGCAACCACACCGGCUCCAGACACAAGUGGUGGUCUCCUAGGUGGCGCUGGAGGGGUGGUUGGUGGUCUUCUUUCUCCGGUCCUGGGAGCAUCAUCGUCCGGUGGAGCAUUGUUGGGAGUGGGAAUAGGGCCAAGUUCAGCGCCACUUCUUUCUGUAGCUGUGGCUCCGAGUUCCGGACCUCUGAUCGGCGCCGGCAUAGGAGCGACUUCAUCCCCCUUACUUUCUCUUGGCGUCAAUCCCACGGGUACGUUGCUAGGAGUAGGAUCUGGAGCAACUUCAUCUCCGUUGUUAUCUCUAGGAGUUGACCCACCAGCAGUAACUUCUUUGCUUCCAGGACUGCUAUCCGCAUCUUCAACCACUCCAGCUUCCACAACUUUGGCUACUUCAUCAAUUUCAUCAGCCCCCGCGGCUUUAACAUCCUCAACAAUUUCAUCGGGCACAGCAGCGAAGCCAUCAGGAUUGACUUCAAUUGCUCAAGCGCGCCCAUCUGAUCCGACAACCUUACUGACCUCAGCCACUGCCGCACCUGAUACCGCAGCGUCAAGCUCUGCAGUAGUUGCAGGACCAGUCAGUACAGGGACGGGCACAACAACGGGAUCAAUCAACGGACCUGUAGCAAGUGCGAGUGGGAUUUCUGGGACGUCAUCUGGUCACGCCAACACUACUACAAUGAUUAUUGGAAUUGCCGCUGGAGUUGGAGGAUUAGCCUUCUUUAUUGCUCUUGUCUUCUUGCUUCGUCGCACGUUUCGCAAGCACCGUCUCGGCAAAGCCGAAUACCCACCAUCAUCGCCACUCCUUAACCCAAUGGAAGAUUCCCUACUACCUCCCGGCAUCGCACGAACUAUCAGUCAGCGCUCAAAAUCAAGCACCGGAGGUGACGGACAAGGAGGCAAUGAAAGAAACAACAGUAUGAGGAAUAAUAUUGAGCCGUUGAGGCUUGGACAGGGGCAAGGAGGAUUUGAUGGAGGAUAUAGAGGUAUUCUGAGUCCAUUGCCACCUGUUGCAAGGAACGGCGCGGGCAGAGAUCCCUUUUCUGAUGGCGGGGACUUCAGGAGGAGAGGAGACGACAGUGAGAUGAAUGAGAAGCAGAAACUUUUUGAACUGUCUGGUUGACAGCCGAGGCUGAAAAGUGGGAGUGAUGAAAUGAUGAAAUGACGAAGAGUUGCUGAUGAAGGGGACAGACUGAAACAUUGAUGAAUUCCCAAGAGUAAUCACCUCGAUAUAGAAAUUAGUAGUGUAGAUAUGACAAUGAACGAAU